GUGGAGAAAAAGCUACCGGAGUGUGGUUUCUAUGGGAUGUUUGAGAAGAUCUUGUUGUUCCGUCAUGACCAGACAUCAGAUAAUGUCCUGCAGCUCCUCCGCUCGGCCUCGGACAUCCAGGAAGGAGAUCUGCUGGAGGUCGUCCUGUCAGCGACAGCCACGGUGGAGGACUUCCAGAUCCGCCCUCACUCCCUGUUCGUCCACUCCUACCGCACCCCGACCUUCUGUGACCACUGUGGAGAAAUGCUGUGGGGCCUGGUACGCCAGGGCCUCAAAUGUGAAGGAUGUGGGCUGAACUAUCAUAAGCGCUGUGCCUUUAAGAUUCCGAACAACUGCAGCGGCGUGAAGAGGCGUCGCCUGUCCAAUGUCUCACUGACAGGCCUGGUUACCAUGACAGCUGGAACGCGCCCCACCUCCGCCGAGCCCUCCUCCCCGCACAGCUGCAACGAUGAUGCCUUACUGUCCCCAGUCAGUCCCAGUAUGGAGCAGAAGAACCAAUCGGAUUACUUCCCUGGGCGGGAGCGUCGCUGCAGCUCCCAGUCCUAUAUCGGCCGUCCGAUCGAACUAGACAAGAUCCUGCUGUCAAAGGUCAAAGUUCCCCACACUUUCCUGAUCCACUCCUACACACGACCCACCGUCUGCCAGCAUUGCAAGAAGCUCCUCAAAGGCCUGUUCAGACAGGGCCUGCAGUGCAAAGAUUGUAGGUUUAAUUGUCAUAAGAGAUGUGCUCCCAAAGUGCCCAACAACUGCCUCGGGGAGAUAUCUAAAAACGGAGAACUUCUGAGUCCAGGGGCAGAGUCAGAUGCCGUCAUGGAAGAGGGUGGUCUUGACGAUCAGGAUGGCGACAGAGGCAGCGGCCUGCUGGAUGAUAUGGAGGAAGUGAUGACAUCCAAAGGGGCGGGGCUUAUGCUGGAGUCGGGGCCGGUGGACCUGUGUGACCUCCAAGACCCUGAUCUCGAUGACUCCAACAGGGCUAUCAGUCCAUCGACCAGUAACAACAUUCCUCUGAUGCGAGUUGUCCAAUCAGUGAAGCACACAAAGAGGAAGAGCAGCAACGUCCUCAAGGAAGGCUGGAUGGUCCAUUACACCAGCAAAGACACCCUGAGGAAGAGACAUUACUGGCGGUUGGACAGUAAAUGCAUCACACUCUUCCAGAAUGACACAGGCAGUAAAUACUACAAGGAAAUCCCGCUGUCGGAGGUGUUGUGUCUGGAACCGGCUCAGACCUUCUCUCUGCUGCCGGAGGGAGCCAAUCCACACUGCUUUGAGAUCGCCACCACUACCCUGGUGUACUACGUGGGCGAAAACCUGCAGUGGUCCGACAGGGGCCCGCCCAAUGACAGCUUCCUGGUGAGCGGAGUAGGACUGGAUGUGUCCCGGAUGUGGGAGAUGGCCAUCCAACACGCCCUGAUGCCUGCCAUCUCCAAAGGCGUGUCCCACGGCUCUCAUCACACCGGCCACAAAGACGUCUCCAUCAGUAUCUCCGUCUCCAACUGCCAGGUCCAGGAGAACGUGGAUAUCAGUUCUGUGUAUCAGAUCUUCCCUGAUGAGGUUCUGGGCUCAGGACAGUUUGGGAUCGUUUAUGGAGGAAAGCACAGGAAGUCAGGCCGGGAUGUGGCAAUUAAGAUCAUUGACAAACUUCGCUUCCCCACCAAACAAGAGAGUCAACUACGCAACGAGGUGGCCAUCCUACAGAACCUGCACCACCCGGGCGUGGUGAACCUGGACUGCAUGUUUGAGACGCCGGAGCGUGUGUUUGUCGUCAUGGAGAAGCUCCACGGCGACAUGCUGGAGAUGAUCCUGUCCAGUGAGAAGGGAAGACUGCCAGAGAGGAUCACCAAGUUCCUGGUUACACAAAUCCUGGUGGCUCUAAGACAUCUUCAUUUUAAAAACAUCGUCCACUGUGACCUCAAACCUGAGAAUGUUCUCUUGGCCUCUGCAGACUCCUUCCCACAGGUGAAGCUGUGUGACUUUGGUUUUGCUCGGAUCAUUGGUGAGAAGUCAUUUCGGCGAUCGGUGGUCGGCACCCCGGCGUACCUCGCCCCAGAAGUCCUGAGGAACAAAGGCUACAACCGCUCUCUGGACAUGUGGUCUGUGGGCGUCAUCAUCUACGUUAGCCUUAGUGGGACCUUUCCAUUUAACGAAGAUGAGGACAUCCAUGACCAGAUCCAAAACGCAGCCUUCAUGUACCCUCCCCAGCCCUGGAAGAAGGUCUCCCAGGAAGCCAUUGACCUGAUAAACAAUCUGUUGCAAGUCAAAAUGAGGAAGCGGUACAGCGUCGACAAAACGCUCAGUCACCCCUGGUUACAGGACUACCAGAUGUGGCUGGACCUGCGGAGUCUUGAAAGCAGGAUGAACGAGCGCUACAUCACCCACGAGAGUGAUGACCUGCGCUGGCACCACCACGCCCAGCAGAGUGGUCUCGACUACCCCGCCCACCUCGGCAGCGGUCUCCAUGUCAACGCCAGCCAAGGGGUGGAGUUCUACCAGGAAGAAGAGGAGGAGAUGGUGACCCUCAGUGAGAGAGUCAGUGAACUGUGA